UGGUUCAUAUCAAAAUAAAUUUGCGUUAUGGCACGUGCGUUAAAAAAAAAUGAAGGAAAACAGAGUUUAACAGAUAUGAAUGAUAUUAGAAUGUUAAUAAACACGCGCAAUUAACGUUAAAUGAGCGGUUUAAGUAAACAAUGUCCCAACUACCGGAGGAGGUUUGGAUCCACGUGUUUGGAUUUCUAUCUAAUCGGGAUAAAUUGAAUGUUCGUUCAACCUGCAAGUCCUUUCUAAGACUGAUCGAUCAUUGGUCCUUAUGGAAAAACGCCGUCGUCGUCAUGCAGAAGAUCGGACAGUACGAUUCGCAUUUCUGGUCGACUCUUGGUAAAAGGAAAACGAGGUGCAUAGUUGUACAGAAGGCAAAUGUUAAAGAUGUGCAAAAACUCGUGACCUGGCUGCCCUGGAUCUCUUCGUUGACUUUGAAUCAGUGUUCAGAUGGCACAGCACUGUCGACACUAGGUACUUUAAAACACCUCAGGAGGCUUGUUAUCCGUCAGUGUCUUUGUCCCAGUCUGACCCGUUCACUUUCAUCUCUCAGACAGCUGACACAUCUUUGCCUGUGUGAGGUCCAGCGAGCCUCAAUAAUGGAGAUAAGUGCUGCGAUUUCACAACUUGUCAAUCUGACGACACUAUACUACCAUGAAGAUAAAAACCCCAUUCCCAAAAAUGCUCUUCAUGGUAUGCUAAAGUGCCUGCCUAACUUAAAACAUCUUUCCAUAAGAAUGGGACCAAAGUAUGGGAUUCUUCCUGUUGAUUAUUUUUGUCACACAGCAUGUGAAAGUCCAGGAGUGACUCAGGGUGGUCUGACCUGUCUGGAGCUAAAGAACUAUGAAGAUCCCUAUCUCUCAUCUGCUGCCAUUACAAGGCUGUCCUCAUUGACAAAACUGACUGUACAUUAUAAAGGAUGGAUUGUAGAUACAAACCAAAAGAACCUUGCAAAUUGGCUGCAAGGCCUCCCUUUACUUUCAGAACUCGUUAUAUCUUUAGGAUACCCACUCAGUGUAUAUGCUAAAUCAAUACCCAGGACUGUUACUAGUUUGUCUCUGAUUGGAGUGAGAGCUGAACUGGAGUCUGUAAGGAUUAUGGGAGAGCAGGUGCCGAAUCUCCUGCAUCUUCACUUGGACCUGUGCUGUCACGACAGCUGUGAUAUAAUCAAAGAAAUGCCUCAGAUUUUCCCAAACCUGCAGACUCUAAAAGUGAGACACCAUGAUGUUCCAGUGUCAGUGUUUCUUGGACUUCAGGACUUGCCUCGACUUGAGCAGUUAGUGAUUCUUGAUGCACCACAAAGCCCCAGUCCUACUGUCCUAGAUCUGACUCAAAAACUUCAUGUCCAAACAAACAACAGGAUCCGUGUACUUCAUUCUGUAGGCCCAAAAGACCAAACAUCUUGCUCUUGUGGUUUUUACUGAUAUGUUUGUUUACAGACCAGUUUCAAAACAAUGCAUUUUGAUUGUUUUUCUUUAUCAGUAUUUAUUUGAUCUGUUAUCUGUUAUUUUUGUAAUCCUACUAUAAAGAAUUAAACUCAAAUAAUCUUA